UGCAUUAGGAACAACAGAAACUGAACACUGUCUCUUCCUCCGUUCUCAUCUGCCUUAGUAGACUCCUCCCUCUGCAAUUCUCUCUCUCAUACAAAUUACAAAGUCGGUGUUGCCCAAUUCCUCUCUCUCCCUCUCUUUCCAUGUCAGUUUUGCCUAUAUUUACAGACACUCUCAACAGCCCUUUUCCUUUUAUCUCUCCUCUCCCGUGACCCCCUCUCUCUCCUCUGUCUCCAUCUCACUUAUAACUCUUAUAAUUACACUCCUCUUAUGCCCCAUUCUUUAACAUGUUCAUUUCAUUGGUCUCAUAAACCUUCCCUUUCUUCUCACCCUAUCAGUACUUUCCUUUCUCCUCGGCCAACCCCAAUUUCGGCUCUGCCACUUUGCAACAACCUCUUUCUCUAUCUCUAUUCUCUCCCAAGUACUUCCCCUAAACUAUUAAAUUCCCCAAUCCCACAGUUUUCAACUUCCUUUUCUUGGCCUUUUCUGGGUUUUGGGUUUAAGUUUUUUAUUUUUUUUAUCCCCACUCUUUAGCAUGUUCUAUUCUUUCUACUAGAAUAUAACGAAAAUGUCUUCUUGUUUGAGUGGAACCGGAGCAAGAACUUACGGGUUAGAUUUAGAUUUAAUUAAAUCACCACCAUGUUCAUGGAGUCGAACAUCUCAAACAUCUUCUUCUCCCUCUUCAACAAUCUCCGAAUCAAGCAAUUCGCCACUCGCCAUCUACACCACAAAACCUAGAAACCCUCGAAAACGACCCAACCAAACCUACAACGAAGCAGCAACACUCCUCUCAACCGCUUACCCGAACCUCUUCUCCAAUCCGAACCUAAAAACAAACCCAAACAAUAAAUUCCACAAACCGUUAUUAUCGUCUGAGAAAAGUUAUGAAUCCAAUUCUUCGGAACUUCUAUUACCUUUCCGAGUAUUCGACACGUCUUCGUCUUUUCUACUUCACAGUGCAAUUCAUCAAAGCAAAGUGAAUUUGAAUUUGAAUUUGAAUUUCCCGUCGGAGCCGAAGCCGGUGAAACCAUGCCAGAGUCCCGGGGAGAUAAGUUCCAUGGUGAAUUUACUCGAAUUGAACGACGACGGAGAUGAUUUCGAUGCGGAAUCGAUUCUCGAUGAGGAAAUUGAAGAAAGCAUCGAUAGUAUCAUGGGAGGGAGAAUUCAGGAGGAUGAAUCUAAGGUAGCAUCUUCUCAUCAUCUUCCAUGGAUUGGUUUAGGCGGGAAAAUCGACUUCCGGUUAGGUUUACAGAGAGCCGGAGUGAGAGCUCUUCGUCAUGUCGAUGAAGGUAAUUGGUGGAAUUUUCCGGCGGUUGAUAUGCUUAAAAUUUCGCCCAAAAUUUGCAGUGUCGGUGGUAAAACGCCGGCGCCGGUGACGGAGAAGAAAAAGAAGAAGAAAGUGGUUGUGGUUAUGAAACAGAGUGAGGCGUUGAAAGAAACUGAAUUGCCGAAGGCGAAAAGUGGUUUGUUGUUGAAAUUGAAUUACGACGGCGUUCGGAAAGCGUGGUCCGACCGGGGAACACCGUUCGCCGACGACAGCCCUGUUUCCGAUGUAUCGGGAAACGAUGUCAAUACGCGGUUGUCACAAAUUGAUUUGUUAUGGGAGAACAACGGAGGAGGAGUUAGAGAAGCUAGUGUGCAACGUUACAAAGAAAAGCGUCGCACGCGUCUCUUCUCUAAGAAGAUAAGAUAUCAAGUUAGAAAAGUCAACGCAGAUCGACGGCCAAGAAUGAAGGGACGAUUUGUUAGGAGGCUGAAUGCUUGCUAGCUCAAUUGCACACAAAUGAUUGUUCUA